UUUUUUUUUUUCUUGUCACGAAUUCUGUUCUCUUUUAUCACUAUUUUUAUUGAAAAGAGUACUCUUCAUUUCGUUACCCAAUCUUUUCAAAGUGGAUCUAUAUUAUAUCCCUUACCCCCUUAUUUUAUUAUUCUCUUUGUCCAUUUGUAUAUGAGUAGAUAAACCUACAAACAAUCAUACAUAUUUUAUUCUAAUGUUACAUCCUCUUCCUCAACCUCAAUCACCUUCUGUACAACCUUCAUCCGAUCCUCUUGAUAUGCAAGCUACUGGUAUAGAUUAUUCUUCUAGAGACGUACCUUCUAGUCAUCAUCCUUAUUCAAAAACCAUACCUUCUAUUAUUGAAUCUAAUACAAACGUCCAUCCAACAGUUAAUACAACAACAACAACUACUACUACUACUACUGCUACUUCAACCAUGACUUCACCUUCUUCUUCAAGUCCUGUCAAAUCCGAGUCUCCGAUAAGGUCGUGCCCAAAUGUAUCAAUGUCUCAACCUACUACGCCUCGACCAACAGGAUCUCCUAAUUUUCAACCAGUACAAUCUAUUACUCAACCUUCUUCACCAAAAGAAGAUUAUCAAUUACAGCAACAAUAUCAUUCUCAUGAAGCAACAUCUCCUUAUGUGAUGGGUAGUACCAGAGGCAAACGUCGUGAUUCAGAAUAUACAAGUACACCUACAUUUGGAAUGACAAAAUACAAUGGCAAUAUCUAUGCAACUGAUAAAUCCACUAUUUUGGAUGUUCGUAUUCAAUCAAAGGUGGAUCGUGGAUUUUUCUUGGCUGAUAAUGAUUGGACUUGUUAUCGUCGAAAUUACUUUCAAAUCAGUAGUUCCUUUUCAUUACAAGGAGUGGUGGUACUUUAUGAUGGACAAGAUCUCCCAUGUUUGGUACAACAUCAAGAUAUGCUUCAUCAAGUGGAACAAUUCUAUCUUGGAAUCUCUGCUCGUUUAUCGGAUUGUGAUAAGAAAAUCUCAUUAGUACAACAUACUGCAAAACGGGAUAAGGGACCUCAAAGUACACCUGAACCAAAACCAAUUCGUCCUGGCGGCAAUCUCUCAUUUAGCACUGUAGGCGCCAAUCAAUCUAUUGUGACAUUUGAUCGUAUUCAAUUCAAAUCGGCUACUGCCAAUAAUGGUAAACGACGUGCUGCUCAACAAUAUUAUAUAUUAGUGAUGGAAUUAUUUGCAAAGGUGCGUUCAUCUGGAGAAUUGAUUUCCGUGGCUACAACUGAAUCUCAAUAUCUUGUUGUCCGUGGUCGUAGUCCUGGUCAUUAUGCAGAAUCUCAUGGUUCAUCAUCAGCAGGAAUAAAUGAUGGAACGGUUGGGGGUCCUAUUCGUCGUCAUCAUCAUCAUCCAACAUUGACAUCUCCGCCCAUGAUCCCCGGUCAUCCAACUUCUUAUUCAUCACAUGCGCCACCUCCAUCUGCAAUGUAUGCAUCAGACUAUUCAUCCUAUGAUUAUCCAACCUCAGCUCAUAGUGGAAAUGGAAUUCAUUAUGCCUAUGCACCUCACGCAGGCGUGCCAAUGGUGCCAAGUGGAUCUUCAUCUUCACCAAAUGGAUCAUACGAAUAUCAUCCUCCUCCUCAGCACCCAUAUCCUGGACAUCCAGUGCCACCAAGAUCAGAUCAUGUUUAUGAAUAUCCUCAUCAUCCUCAACAACAACAUUAUACAUCUUUGCCUCCACCAAUGCAUCGUUCAGAAUCAGCUCCAUCGACCUAUGAUCAUUUCAAAGACGAAGGACAACAACAAUGGGCACGUGUUCGAAUGUCAUCGACGCCUGGACAUCAUCAUCAUCAUCAUCAUCAUUCUCCAAACACUGAUCAUGCUGGCUCUCCAUUUAUCCCUCAUGCAUCUUCUGGUACUCCCACCACUCCUGUCCAUGAACAUCCAUCAUCUCAUCAUCAUCAUACCUAUUAUUCUCACCAUCAACAAAUGCCUUAUUACCAUCAUCCAUCUCACUAUGGACAUCCUGAAAGUUCGACGCCCGUCGAUGUCUCAAAUUAUCAUCAUGGUUAUUCUUCCCAUUGGCAACCAUGGCGUCAAGGCAAUAUGUCACAACAAAAUUAUCAACAAGAGGAACAUAUCAAGAUGGAAUCAAAAUCGCACAAAUAAUUGAAAAUAAUGGAGUGAUAAGAUGUCUCUUUUUUUUUAUGUAUGUACCUUUUUUCUUUUUAUUCUUAUUAUUGCUUUAUCAAAUAUCAUCUUUUACCUUCUUCUUUUUACAUAUACACAUAUAUACACACAUUUUCAUAAUAAAAGAAAAACCAAAUUAUCUAGUCUCACAAAA